GUUAAAAGUGGCUUAGAAUCAAUCAUAAGGGUCCUCAACCUUGAUGGGUUGGCCAUCAAGGUGCCCAAUCACAAAUCUUGUAUAUACUACCUAAUUACAUAGAAUCCUUCGUUUUCUGUAUCGACAGCAAUAAAAGAUCUUCUGCAAACUCACAACUAUGUUAGUAACCCAAGAUACCCAUAUUCAUGAUGUUCUCAUCGUUGGCGGAGGCCCUUGCGGUCUUGCUGUCGCUGCACGUCUCUGUGAAAGUACACCUUCAUCACUCUUUACCGACUCCGAACACCAACGUUAUCACUGGAUGAAAGCAUCUUCAGCACGUCAAACCUCUAAGCCUUUUAAAACAAGUCGUCGUUCUCAAACAGCAAGCGAUCGAUUGGUACAAGGAGCGUCUUGCUGUAACGGUCUUGAUAUCACUGUACUGGACGCUCACGGCGGCGAGUGGAUGAGUGCUUGGAAUGAGAGAUUCAAGAAAUUAGAGAUUAGGUACUUGAGGAGUCCAAUGUUCUUUCACCCGGAUCCCAGAGAUAGAGAUGGUUUGAGGGGUUAUGCGUGGAAGGAGGGGAGAGACAACGAACUUAAGGAGAUUCAUGGAGUUAUUGGCAAAGAGUUGAGUAAACAUCAGAGGAAACAGAAGAUGAAAAAAAGGUAUGCAGUUUUGAUGACCCUGAUAUGCGGAAUAUCCUCGAAAUAGUGAUGCUAACUGGUGCAGUGGUAAAAGCAGACAAGAAACUACAUUUCUUGACGAGCGAGAUCGACCUGAUUAUUUCAGGCCAAGUACCGCUCUCUUUAAGAGCUUUUGCGAAGACAUCGCCAGUCGUUAUGAUCUGGGAAAUAUUGUGGAAAAAUCCGAAGUCAAUUCCAUUGAUUAUGAGCCCAACGAAUGCGCAGACUGUCCAGGGGUAUUCACACUUCAAACAACAACUGGCACAAAACGAGCACGCAUCGUUGUUUUUGCAGCAGGUGCUGCUUUAAACCCAGUCUUACCAGCUGACUGCCCAUUCUCCCAUGAAGGAAGCAUAACCCACGCCCUUAUUCCCUCAUAUCUCAGCUCGAGCGACAAACUCCUUCCUCCGCACAUGGUCCGUAAAAUCUCGCGCAAACAACGAACCGACCUUCUCGUUGUAGGUGGCGGUCUUACUAGUGCCCAGAUUGCAGAUGCAGCACUCAAACACGGCGUCACAAAAGUAUACCAGAUAAUACGUGGGCCACUCAAAGUCAAAGAUUUCGACAUGGAACUAGGAUGGGUCGCAAAAUUCAAGAAUCACUUCCUUGCUCGCUACUGGAGUGCGGAUUCUGAUGAGGAGAGACUAGAAAUGUAUAAAGAGGCGAGGAAUGGCGGAAGUGUCAACUCGGAGUACCAACAUAUUCUGAAGACCCAUAUCUUAAAAGGUCGGGUUUCCCUCCACGAAUAUACUAAUAUUACUUCUGCUUCCUGGGAUUCUGUGUUGCAAUCGUGGAAGGUGGAGACUUCUCCGGAGUUGUUGGAUCUACCUGCAUUUGAUCAUGUCAUAUAUGCAACAGGUUUUGAUAUCAAUUUUGAGAAGAUUGAAGCAGUCCAACCGUUGCUUAAGAAAUAUGGCAUUGGGACAGUUGGAGGGUUUCCAUGCUUGACGCAUGAUUUGAGUUGGAGUGACAAGGUACCAUUCUUUGUUACUGGUAGAUUAGCAAGUUUGAGGAUGGGUCCGGCUUCACCAAAUCUUGAAGGAGCGAGAAUGGGUGCCGAGAGGAUUGCCGUGAGUUUCCAUUUUCCUUUGACUGUCUCUGGGGCUAUGAACAACUGCUAAUUAUGCAUAGUGGAAGGUAGGUGAGCUUCUAGGACGGGGAGAGUCGGAUAGCAAAGGUGGAAGACGUGACAGUGGUUAUAGCAGUGUUGAUGGAGAAAACGAAGGUGUCGAUUUCAGAAGAUUGGGCCUGGGGGUUGAGAACCAAUUUGAUGUUUUAGAUCAGAGCGACGAUAAUUCUGGGAAUGAGCUCGAGAGCUGAAAGUGAAGAAGAAAGAUGAGACAAUCUUGAGCUCAUGUUAAUGCAUGAUGAUAGCAUCAUGAUCAACGACCUCUAAAUAGCUUACCUUGAACUAUUUAGGUAUGCAAUAGAAUGUAAUCACCUGCACUGGUA